UUGAGCAAUAAAAUAACAAUCACCGCAAUGUUGCAAUCGAGUCCCCCGAGCUGCUCCAGUCAGAGCAGAAGUGUCUGUGCGCCGGAGCCCAUCAUGACUUAUUUUGCCAGCGUCCUGACAUGGCUGCUGCCUCUUCUCAUCCUGAGAGGGUCAUGUGACCAGAGGCAGGACUGUGAGUGGGGACCGUAUGGAGAGUGGUCUGAAUGUGACAGUUGCACCAAACUCCAGUCGAGAAGCAGAAGCUUUGCCGUUUACGCCCACUUUGGAGGAAGCGCCUGCUCAGGGAAUCACGUUGAAACCCAAGAAUGUGAAACCACACAGGUCUGCCCUUUGCAGGGUGGGUGUGGGAACAGGUUUCGCUGUCCGUCAAAAGGAACCUGCAUCGGCCAGAACCUGGUGUGCAACGGGGACGGAGACUGUAAUGGGAACGGAGACGAGACCGUGUGCAGUCCGACAAGAAAAUAUAUGAUAUGCAGAACAGACAAGAUGCUACCGCACAUUGAAUAUUUUGGACUCGGGUUUGAUACGUUGAAGGGUGAGAGGAGUGCGGCGGGAGUUUUCAACAUCAAAAGCUUUGGGGGCCAAUGCCGCAGUGUCUUUAGCCCGAUGCACCGCGGGGUCUUCAGACUGCCUCUGAGCAUCAAGCAGUUCAGGCCACUGAGGGAACCUGAGAAGGACUUCAGUUUCAAGGUCUAUGCUAGUAAAUGGCACUUUGCUAAAGAGAUGGUUCGCAAUUCCUCAUUCAUUUUGUCCAGCUACCAAAACUUCCCCUUCGAUCAGAUCCCCUUGCUGUCAGCGGGACACAAGUUGAUGGUUGUACAGAAGGACAUUUCCCUGCUCAAGAUUUCAACUGCCUCGCCUGAAUAUUUGAUACUAGAAGAGGAGCUCUGGAGGGCGCUGUCCAGGCUCCCUGCGUCUUACAACUACCCGGCCUACAGACGCCUUGUGGAGUACUUUGGAACGCACUACGUGUCUGAGGGAAGUCUGGGAGGCUCCUACAAGGGCAUUUUUGUAAUAGACCAGGAGAAGGAAAAACUGAGCCAGCAGCACUUUGAGUGUGACAGUGUGGCAGUCACCCCCGAUACCCUCGGACAACAACCACAAGUACCAAAUUUUAGGAUUAAGCGAACAGAAGUGCUCGGAGGUGACAUGCAGUGGUUGGCACCGCUGAGUAGGGCGGAUCCUUUGCAGUCCAACCUCUGUGACCUUUUCAUGAAGUGGGAAGCAUCUAUAGUAAACAGUCCUGAGCUUGUUCAGAAAAAGCUGCGGCCGCUGUGGGAGCUGGUGAAGGAGGUGCCCUGCGCUGGCCUGAAGAGGCUUCACCUGCGCAGAGCCACUGAACAGUAUGUCAGCGAGCACGACGUCUGCCACUGUCCGCCCUGCAGGAACAACGGCUUGGCUGUCAUGGUGAAACAAGUGUGCCGUUGCAUCUGUAAGCCUGGCACAUCUGGACGGGCCUGCGAGAAUGGCGCCGACAUCGAGGGUGUGACCGAUGGCCGCUGGUCAUGCUGGUCAGCUUGGACGUGCACUGGGGGUCAGAGGUCACGACAGCGCACCUGUACAAACCCUGCGCCUCAGAAUGGAGGCCAAGAAUGUGUCGGCGAAAGCACCGAGACCUCAGACUGUGAGGAGAAUGCAAUGGAAUACUUGAAAACCGUAGAGCCUGAGUGUUUCGAUCCAAGUGUUCCACCAGUGGCAAAGUGCGGACCUCCUCCAGCUCUCAUCAACGGAUAUGUCCUGGAACCGAAGGACGCCUACGUUGUGGGCAGUAAGGUCAAAUAUGAGUGCACCGCUGGACUGGACUAUCAUGGCGCAGAGUUGGAGUGCACCACCAAUCAAACCUGGUCGCACGAAGCUGGACUGUGUUCAGUGGGCCGUGUGUUUGGACCUCGGCAAUGAGUUCCAUCUGGACCAGCUCUGUGUGAGCUGUGGAAGACACCUAACAGGGGAAGAUGUCAACGACAACGGAUCUGUCGUCGCCAUGAAAGUGAAGCGCCAUGUGAAGGAGACACAAUGCAUCAUGCUCAUGAAUCAUGACUCAGAAUUACUCCGGUCCCACGGUGUCCCGUGUCUAAUCCACUGAUCUUUAAUGGUACUAACCAGCAAUAUGGUCAAACAAUAAACAACAGCAAAUAUAAA